UAUAAAUAUUUAGAAGAUGAUAUGAAAUCAAAUAAAUGAUUAGGGAAUACUUCUGGUGCAUGCGCGAUAGAGCUAUCAAGGAGAGUUGAGACGAAAAUAGAACAUUGGUUACAUGGGAUGAUAUUUGACACCCAAAAUUUACAGAUAUGCAAAUCUCACCUCUUAUUUCUCUUUAUCUCUUUCAUCUUGUAAUAUCACAUCAUGAACUAUAUCAAUCAUUCGUCUUUUAUCUCUUCUUAUCCCUCAUACUUAGAAGGGUGUCCAAGAAUAUUUUUGCUUGGUGAUAAUAAUAUAUAAAACAGAUAGUUUAGGUAGCAGACUCACGAGGCCUCUUUUGUUGACUAGGUGAUUAGAAAGAAAAGGCAAGAGUGAAAAAUAGUAACAGGAGAUAUCAUAUAUUAAUUUAUAUAACUUUUAUACUGUAUAAAUUAUUGGUAAGAUGGGGUGGGUGGAAAGUGAAAAGUGAUAAGCAAAGCAGGAAAACAUGAAGAUGAAGAUGAAGCAUAACUGGUGGCAGAUCCUGAUAGUAAUAAUGAUAUUUGUGUUGGGGUUGGCAUGUUGUGUGGCGGAGGAUGAAUUGUGUGGUGUGGAAAGGAGGGAAGAGUACGAGUAUGGAAGAAUCAUUGAUAUAAGUCACAGGUACCAUCCUGAUAUGCCAGCCUGGGAAUCAAAGGAUAGUCUUGGACAGUUCGUGUGGCUUACAAGAAGCAUGGCCAAUGGCUCUAUCGCCAACUUCUCCCAAUUCAAACUCCCCGCUCACAGUGGCACUCAUGUCGACGCUCCUGCACACGUUUUCGAUCAUUACUUCCAUGCUGGCUACGAUGUCGACUCCCUCGACUUACAACUCCUCAAUGGUCCCUCACUAUUAGUUGAUGUUCCACGAGAUACAAACAUUAGCGCUGAUGUUAUGAAGUCAUUGAAUAUUCCGAGGGGCGUACGUCG